AAUCCUUGACUUUUAUUUCGAUUUAUUUCAAUCAAAACCUGUUUUUUAUAAACACUUAAAAUCUCUUCAAAAAAACAAAUUGAAAUCAAAAACUUUCAAACUUUCGACAAAAUGCGAACAAAACUCUUUUUUCUUCUGCUUUUGUCCGUCGCUUUUCUGACUUCCGGUCAAAGACGAAGACCCGGAAGAAACCGAAAGUCGGGAAAACAGCCAAAUUGUCAUUUGAAAGAUAUCGAGAAGUGUUUGGAACCGUUGUCCAGUCUGAGCAAAAGCGACGACCCGACGGCCAUUCUGACGUCAUCGGCCGGUCUCGACCGACUUUGUGGAGCAAUCAAAAACCGUUUCGGGAAUUGUGUUCGAGAUUUCUUCAAGAAGUGCGGAACUCCUCUGCAUCGGGAAGUGUCGUCUCUGGUCGUGGAUCAGAUGUUGUCUCACACGAAACCAAUUUGUCAAAAAGGAUCUUCACGUGAAAAAUUCAUAAAAUCUUCGAAUUGUUUAAAUCGAAACGUUUUUUCGACAAAAACCGCAAAACAAGACUGCAAUCAAAGAUAUAUUUCGACUCUCAAUACCGCCGCCGCUCUCAACGACUCCUCAGUGUUGGCCAUCUGCUGUGGCUUUCGUUUUUGGCAGAAAUGCACCGAAGACUUGGCCGCGAGUCAGUGCGGGGCUGAGGGAGGCGUAGAAGGCGUUCGUUCGAUUGUCUCUCACGUCUUCCUGGAUCUGCCGAACCUGAGCUGUCCGGCAGAUCUCUUUGACUCGGAUUCGACUGAAUGUCAAUCAGUUAUCGCUGCGAAAGGAUCUAAAAAACAGAAACUGAAUUCCGACUCAGGAGUCGCCCGAUAUAAUGUCGCGCAUAUCUUCUCUUUCAUGUUUUCCGUUUAA